AUGGCGCAACCGCCGCAGAGGCUUGCAAGUCCUAGCCUGAAACGAUGGGUCUCGCGUUCGGCUGUCGCCACAUCCAAGUCCUACCAAUGUCCUAAGGCUACGGACCAGGACGACGAUGACUUGCCCCCUAUUUAUUAUCCAGACAUCAGCGCCGCCAUGGAUUUGAUUGAGGAGUCUCGUCGUGAAGCCGCAGAGGAGGAUGAGCCCAUGACAUCGCAGCCUGUAGAGGCGGUAUGGCAGGCCUCUUCAUCCUAUAUGGACGAUCCUUCUCCCGUUCACUUGACAUUACCAUCGCAGUUGUCGCCUUGCGAUACGGAAUCAGAUACCCAUGCCUCUGUACUGGAGCGCAGUGCCACGUCGCACGCCUCUUCAACGUGGCGGCCAGGCACGCACACACGAUCCAUCCACACGCUAGCGCGUCACACAUAUGUAGGUCGACGUUGCUUCUCUUGUGGUCACCAUGUCCAGGCCAUUCAUGCGUCGCCAUAUGAGCUACUUGGCCUGCCAAAAUCCGCGUCCACGUCGGACAUUAAGGCCAAGUACUAUGAGCAUGUCAAAACAUUGCACCCAGAUGCUAUCGUAGCCGAGAUCUCUGAAUCAGAAAAAACUCAGCGGCUUGAAAAGUUCCGAGCUGUUGUAAAGGCGUAUGAACUACUGAAAGACCCCAAGAAACGGUCUUUAUAUGACAAAUAUGCUGCUGGAUGGGACUAUGGAUCACCAACACAGCCAUCUACCGCCUGGCAAGGUCGUGGUCAGUUCCGUCCACGAACGGCCGAUGAAUGGGAGCACUGGCACAUGUGGUCUGAGGUUCUUCGUCGUGCUGCACACCAAGGGCAUCAUGCGCCUUGGCAGCGUAUGGCACAGCACAACUCUACCUCCUCGAACUUUUAUGGCUUCCACAAUGUCUCACCGGAUGAAGCGAAGCGGCGUCAAGAAGAAGCAGCGCCUUGGAAUCAGCGCAUCUUCCUGCUCCUAAUUGUAUCUGGUAUGAUCUUAGCGGGCGUCCAGAUUGAGGGCAUUAAGAUGUACAGCACACAUGACAGCAGCUUGGCGGCACAGCACACUACGAUGGUGGCAAACAACUUGGAGCAGGCGCGUCGUGCCGCCCGUAGUGAAGAAGGCAGACUGCGACAACAGCUCAUGCUAGAGCGUGCACGUGAAAAGAAACGGAUGCGAGACACGGAAGAAACUCUCUCUACAUAG